AGUCGGUACUGCAAGCACUAGCAAUAUGAUGAGAGCUGCGCACAACGACAAACCGUGCAACGGCCACGAGGCUGCUAGUUCGCGGACAAUUCUUCAAUCGACGCGAGAACCUCGAGAAACGUCGAAUUUGAGAAACAUUAUUCGCAAUUUCGAGAAGGGUUGUCUCUCGCCUUCCAAAAAGAACAGAGAAAUCGACGAAUGCAAGCAGAAGAAUUUUGUCAAGAAGAUCGUCGAAGCUUUCGAAGUGAAAUACAAGAUUUAUAACGAUCCGAAGACCGCGCAGGUGAGUCUAAAAAGUCCGAAAGAAAAUAAGUCGAACUCUCCUAUGCUGGAAUUGUGGACAAAAAGAUCCAAAAGAUUCUGCAAUCCUUUCAAACACGAUUUCUCUCGUUCGAUCCGAGAUAGUACGAACACCGACGAAUUUGACGGAAGUGCCUUGUCACCAGAGAACAGAAUUUUUAAUACGUGCGAAAAUAACAGAUUUAUUCGGAGAAGACUAAGUGAGUUAGAAAAUUCAAAGAGUUCGGUCAAAUCAAAGAUGAUCUUGACUGCUUUCGGUCGCGAAACUUCUGGUUUGGAACUCUGCUCGACUUUCUUGCCUCCUAGUACCGAUUCCUCGAGACCCCCUAAUUGCUUAACAAGAGCAGAGCUGAUGCGAAAGAUUCAUCUUUCCAACAUGGCAAAGAGGGCCGACAAGACGAGAACGAGGAAUGGCGUCGAUCUGUACGUGAAUUCAUCGGGAGAAACUAGUUUUACAUCCGACUACUCUCUUCCAACAACAACGAGUACCUUGAUCGAGUCCCCGAAGAGCGAUAAUUCCACGUUGCCAGAUACUUCACGCGUCGAUACAUCUCCAAAGGUAAUCGGGGCAUUUCUGAAGAAACCGAUCGACGUCGAGAACACUGCCAUCGAUUGGAUACCUGUCACCGGAAAGAGGCUGCCGCGGAAAAAAUCGCUCAAGAAGCUGCUCUGUUCGUUCACCAGAGGGAAGCUCAUCAAAAGAUUCUCGUCGGAAAGAAACCUGUGCGAGGAAUCGCGAGAAUUUCAAGAUUCUGAAUACGACGAGAGAUCUUGUUCCUCUGUGUCUAUAACUUCUCUGGUUUCCGUCGCGGACGUGCUACGUCACCAAAAAACCAACCAUUUUGAAUCUAACAAAGGAAUCGAGCUGAAAACUUUCAAAUCGAAGAACAGAUCGAGCGAAGAAAAGAGCGAAGCUUCUUGCGAUACGUAUCAUUCCGCGGAGAAGCGGAAGGGGAGAAAGCUAGUUUUAGUGGAGGUGCCACGCGAGGACGUGAAGCUAGAUCUCGGCCCGUCCUAUCCUCCUCCUCCUCCUCCUCCUUCUCAGACCAUUCGAUUCCUUUCGCCUUUAACUGACAAACUUGUAUCCAAGCUACCGGAACAUCCAUGCGUAUCAAAGACCCCGGAGAAUUCGUUCGUUACCUCGACUAAGAUAGACAACUCGGCGAAAUUUAACAGCUCUUAUCACGUGUAUUACAACAGUAAUGCCUCGUUAUCGACGAUCAUUAAGAACGACCUGUACGAGGUGGAGUUUCGAAGAAGCUGCAGCGACCUUCCCUCGUCGUCCAUGACCAACCACUACGACGUCCCCAGGAGAUUCUUAUCCAUGUCCGAGGACGAAAUACCAUGGAUGUGGAAGUCGCAGUUGGAGCUAAACAGGAAAGAGGAGCCAAUUUACGACAUUCCCAAGUCACAAAGUAUCGAGAGACCUAGGUCCAGCAUUUACGAUGACGCUCCGUCGUUGAAGGAAAACAGCAUUUACGAAGAAGCUAAACCCAUUCUCAACACCCGCUCUCUGGCUCAACGCGACUUGGAAUCUCACCAUGCCAUCGCGAAAUCCAUCGAUACUAGAAUCUACGUGAACACCCAGGUACAACAGUCAUCGUUGAACGACCCGACUUCCAACCUUUAAUUUAAUUCGAUGAUAAUUGUACGCAAGGGGUUCCUCGGUUGAGAUUCGUUUAUUUUAAUAUGAAAUUGGUGUAUUAUAUUAUUAUAUUAUUAUAUAAUUGGCAUAGGUAUCGUGAAAUUAAUUUAUUAAUUUAUUAGUU